AUGGGGGCCCGGGCCAGUAUCCCAUUAGUGGUCCUCCCCAGGGACUUUGUGGUGAUCGUGACAGGGGGUGACACAGGUAUCGGAUAUGAAACCGCCAAGUUUAUAUCCAUGAUGGGACCCACUGUCAUAAUCGCAUGCCGUUCAAAGGAAAAAGCUGAAAGGGCAAUAGAACAGAUGAACGAGGAAUUCCAAGAGGAGAAAGCAAAUUUAACACAAAAUAUCAUCAGCGAUGAUAGACUUAGCCUAGAGUUUGGGAAACUGGACCUGGCCAGCCUGAAAUCUACUAUGGAGUUUGUGGAGAACUUUAAGGCGUCCGGAAGAAAACUUCACGUCCUUAUCUGCAACGCUGGUGUAAUGAUGUCUGAGGAGAUUGUGACAGAUGAUAAUUAUGAGCUGACAUAUCAGGUCAAUUACCUCAGUCAGUUUCUUAUAAUGGCACAUUUCCUGCCGAUUAUGAAAAAAUCUGGAAAUGACGUAAGAAUCGUUUUGGUAUCAAGUGCGGCGCACAAACAUUGUCACUAUGAUGCUAACUACGCAGCGGGUGUGCGGAUGGCGAAGCAUGAUCCUCUCCAAUGUUACAGCAACACAAAGCUUUAUCAGAUAAUGCAGAUGUACAGCAUAGACCGGAUGUUGGAGAAAACACACGUAGAGUUAUAUAGUGUUCAUCCGGGAUACGUUACCAAGGAUCUCUACCGACGAAAUCGACACUUCGGAAAAAAGUUCAACUGCUUCAGGUGUUGUUUGAAAUGUUUAUGUAUGAUAAAGACUCCCAGAAAAGGGUCGGCUACGACCAUAUAUGCGGCUGUAAGUCCCGAACUAAAGGGCUUGAGUCGGGCUUACUUCACGCACUCUCGAGACGCCGCUGAGUUUCCUAGUCAGACCGCCAGAGACAGAGAGCUGCAGGACUAUCUCCUUCAAUGCACAAUUGACAACCUAAGAGAUCUACUACCUGAAGAUUUCAUCCAGGAGGCGCUCCGGACGGUGAAAAAGACGAACACAAAAUCAUCUUCAUCCCAUCACUGA